AUGACAUUUGAAGAGUUCUGUGGGGGUCCCUUUUGGGACGAUGAGCUAACAUGGCGCGAAGAAAACCCAGAUCUUACUUUUUGCUUUCAACGCAUCAUCCUACAAUGGACACCAUGCUUCUUCCUGUACGUUUUCUCCGUCUACGAAGCGUACCGCAUCAUCACCAGCCGAUACCGGGACAUACCGUGGAACUGGUUCAACCUUUCCAGGAUGGGCUUCACCUUCGCGCUGAUGGUGAUGUCCUGGGUGGAUCUCGGUGUGGUCGUACAGAAUAUUGACGAGCCGGAAGUGUUCGAUGUGCAGAUAUUGGUGGCCAUUUUCAAUGCGCUCGCUUACAUCCUUGCGUUGGCGCUAUACUUCUUCUACCGGAAGUAUGGUAUCCGAAGCACCGGAACAAUGUUCAUCUUCUGGUUCCUGAAGGCAUUCUUCGGUAUCAUACAGAUACGCACGGAAGCGCAACUGCACGAAAAACGCGGCUCUGGUACGGGUGACUUUGCCGAGUUCCAAUUCGUUAGCUUCACAAUCCAGUACACGUUUACGUGUGUCGUGCUGCUGCUUGAGCUCUUCCCAGAUCGCGAGCCACGCUACAGCGAGUUCGCCAAGUUGAAAAAUCCCAAUCCCGAGCUCAAGAGUAGCUUCUUCUCGCGCCUGUUCUACUUGUACUUCAAUUCGUACGCAUGGCGUGGAUUCCGCAAGCCACUUACCGAUGACGACAUGUACGAUCUCAACCCGGAGGAUACGUCGCGCGAGCUGUGUCCACCGUUCGAUAAGUACUGGUACGAAAGUGUGGAAAAGGGCCGCCGUAAGCAAAUCAAGGCAGACAAGAAAGCGGGCAAAGCGGGAUUGGUGUACAAACCAAACGCAGCCACUAACGGAUCCGUUCUCCCGGCAAUGGUUAAAGCCUAUGGUGGACCGUUCUGGUUCGCCGGUAUGCUGCAGUUCGCUAUUUCGGGGCUCCAGUUUGCGUCACCGUACCUGAUGCAGGAGCUCAUGGCCGUCAUUGCGCUGGAUGGACCGUUCUGGAAGGGAAUGAUCAUUACCUUAGGGUUGUUCCUCACAUCGCUGCUGAUUGCGCUCUUCAACGGACAGUAUUUCCACCGAACAUUCCUGGUUGGGUUCCGCAUUCGCACGGGGUUGAUCAGCGCUAUCUAUCGGAAGGCAAUGCGUAUUUCUAGCUUCGCGAAGAAGGACACCACCGUCGGAGAGAUUGUGAACUUGAUGGCCGUCGAUGCUCAGCGGUUCUUUGAGUUGACGUCCUACCUGCACGUCCUGUGGUCUGCUCCGUUGAUCAUUGCGCUCUGUAUCUACCUGCUUUACGAGCUGCUGGGAGCUGCGGUGUUCGCUGGGCUGGGUGUGAUGGUGAUCAUGAUCCCGAUCACAGGAUUUAUUGCGACACGUAUGCGAGAUUUGCAAGUCGAACAGAUGGAGAUCAAGGACGAGCGAGUGAAAAAGAUGAACGAGAUCCUCGGUGGCAUCAAAGUGCUGAAGCUGUACGCCUGGGAGCCGAGCUUCCAAGAUACGGUCGUGACAGUGCGUAACGAAGAGCUGGACGUGCUGAAGCGGGCCGCAUACUACGGUGCCGGUACGUACUUCGUCUGGACGAUGGCCCCAUUCCUGGUUACACUGGCCUCGUUUGCGGUGUUCGUCAUGUCGGACGAGGAGAACGUGCUCGAUCCGCAGACUGCGUUCGUGGCGUUGGCUCUGUUUAACAUUCUGCGUUUCCCACUGGCCAUGUUCCCGAUGAUGAUUACGUUCGCAAUGCAGGCCUGGGUGUCAAUUAAGCGUAUCGACAAGUUCAUGAACAGCGAGGAACUGGAUCCCAACAAUGUCACCCAUAACAAGAGCGAUAAUGCAGUGGAAGUGAAGGAUGGUACCUUCUCCUGGGGUGACGAUGCACCGACGUUGAAGAACAUCAACAUAGCGCUCCGCCGGGGAAAACUUUCCGCUGUUGUCGGUGGUGUGGGAACGGGAAAAAGCUCCCUGAUUUCGGCCCUCCUGGGAGAGAUGGAGAAGAUGAAAGGAUCAGUGAACACUGACGGAACGAUUGCGUACGUUCCUCAACAGGCGUGGAUCCAAAAUGCCACACUCCGGGAUAACAUUCUAUUUGGAAAACCCUUCGACCAGAGGAAGUAUGACAACGUCAUCGAGUGUUGUGCUCUGAAGCCCGAUUUGGCGAUGCUUCCCGGUGGAGACACGACGGAAAUCGGUGAGAAAGGUAUCAACCUUUCCGGAGGACAGAAGCAGCGUGUCGCUUUGGCUCGAGCUGUGUACGCCGAUUCUGACAUCUACCUGUUUGACGAUCCUCUUAGCGCCGUGGAUGCCCACGUAGGAAAGCACAUCUUCGAGAAGGUGGUCGGACCAUCGGGAAUGCUGGUAGGAAAGUCGCGACUGCUCGUCACACACGGAAUAUCGUUCCUUCCGUACGUGGAAGAAAUAUUUGUCAUGAAGGAUGGUGAAGUCUCGGAGAGCGGAUCUUACCAAGAGCUGCUUGAUCAAAAAGGAGCCUUUGCCGAGUUCCUCACACAACACAUCCAGGAGCUGGAAGAUGAAGACGAAGAUGAGUUGAAGCUCAUACAGGAGGCACUCAAGGAUGGUGAGGGUAAGAAAAUCGUACAGCGUGCCAUGUCAACCCGCUCGGAGCGUUCUGGCAGCAGUAACGGAAGUAUUCGCAAGAAGCGCGUUAGCCGGGCGGAAUCCCGUAACAGCAACAAACCACGAGCUGUAGAAGCACCGGCUCAACUCCCAUCGGCGGCCACACUGAUCGAGAAGGAAGAAUCCGCCACCGGUUCGGUCGGGUACGUCGUGUACCUGAAGUACUUCAAGGGCAUCGGUUUGUGGCUCGGCUUUUGGUCGAUCUUCUUCAGUACGAUCAAUCAGGGUGCAUCGAUCUACGCCAACAUCUGGCUCACCGAUUGGUCCGAGGAUCCGGAAGCGGCGACGGAUAAUUCGGUGCGUGAUAUGUACCUCGGAGUGUACGGUGGACUUGGCGGUGCCCAGUCGAUCGCACUGUUAAUCGCGUCCAUCGCUCUAGCGCUCGGAUGUGUACGAGCGGCGCGAGAAUUGCACAACAGCCUGCUCGAAAGCUCCCUGCACAUGCCGAUGUCUUUCUUCGACACCACGCCGCUUGGUCGUAUCAUGAACCGUUUCUCGAAGGAUGUCGAUGUGGUUGACAAUAUUCUCCCGCAGUCGAUUCGUGCCUGGUUGCUGAUGUUCUUUAACGUGGUUGGCGUGUUCGUUGUCAUUGGCAUCUCUACACCGGUCUUCUUGGCUAUCGUACCAGCGUUCCUCGUCCUCUACUAUCUCAUCCAGAAGUUCUACAUCGCAACGUCCCGCCAGCUGAAACGUUUGGAAUCGGUCACGCGCAGUCCGAUCUAUUCGCACUUCGGCGAGAGUAUCACCGGACAGAGUACUAUCCGGGCGUACAACCAACAGGACCGGUUCAUGAACGAAUCGGAACAGCGUGUCGACUACAAUCAGCUCACUUCUUACCCGAGCAUCAUCGCUAACCGAUGGCUUGCGGUGUGGCUUGAAGUGAUUGGGGCGUUUGUCGUGUUCUUUGCCGCCCUGUUUGCCAUGGUAGCUCGUGACUCGAUUGGGCAGGCGACGGUUGGAUUGUCCAUCAGUUAUGCACUCCAGAUUUCGGCUACCUUGAGCUUCCUCGUGCGCAUGACGGCUGAAGUCGAGACCAACAUUGUGGCCAUCGAACGGUUGGAGGAGUACACCGUGCUUCCCCGGGAGGCUGACUGGCAGAAGGGUACGGUCGAUAAGGCGUGGCCCGCGGAAGGAAAGGUCGAGUUCAAGGACUAUCAGAUCCGGUACCGUGAUGGACUCGAUCUGGUUAUUCGUGGCAUUUCUCUCAAUGUUCGAGGAGGAGAGAAGAUCGGUAUCGUUGGUCGUACUGGUGCAGGAAAGUCCAGUCUUACACUUGGUCUCUUCAGAAUUGUCGAAGCGGCCGGUGGACAAAUCAUCAUCGAUGGACUCGACAUUUCCUCCAUGGGACUCCAUCAGCUGCGCAGCCGGUUGACUAUCAUUCCUCAGGAUCCGGUUCUCUUCUCCGGAACGCUCCGAGCCAACGUGGAUCCAUUCAAGAGCUACAGCGACGAUCAAGUGUGGAAAGCACUGGAACUGUCCCAUUUGAAGACGUUUGUGAAAGGGCUUGCCGCUGGUCUGGACCACGAAGUGGCCGAGAACGGUGAGAAUCUUUCCGUCGGUCAAAGACAACUGAUCUGUCUGGCACGUGCUGUGCUGCGGAAAACGAAGGUGUUGAUCCUGGAUGAGGCAACGGCCGCGGUGGAUCUGGAAACGGAUGAUUUGAUUCAGAAAACUAUCCGCACGGAGUUCACCGACUGUACGAUCCUCACCAUCGCCCAUCGAUUGAACACCAUCCUGGACUCCGAUCGUGUCCUGGUCCUCGACAAGGGUCUCGUAGCCGAGUGUGACUCACCGCAGAACCUGCUCGCGAACAAAGAGUCGAUAUUCUACGGUAUGGCGAAGAACGCGGGCAUCGUUAGCUAG